AUGCCGUCCACCAGCCGAGCCGGCAGCCUGAAAGACCCGGAAGUGGCCGAGCUGUUUUACAAAGAAGAUCCGGAGAAGCUCUUCACCGACCUCCGGGAGAUUGGCCAUGGAAGCUUUGGAGCCGUUUAUUUUGCACGGGAUGUGCGCACCAACGAAGUGGUGGCCAUCAAGAAAAUGUCUUACAGUGGGAAGCAAUCAAACGAGAAAUGGCAGGAUAUCGUGAAGGAAGUUAAGUUCCUCCAGCGGAUUAAGCAUCCGAACAGCAUAGAGUACAAAGGCUGCUACCUGCGGGACCACACAGCAUGGCUUGUUAUGGAAUAUUGUUUAGGAUCAGCAUCAGAUUUACUAGAAGUUCAUAAAAAGCCGCUGCAAGAAGUGGAAAUUGCUGCAAUCACCCACGGUGCCCUCCAAGGAUUGGCCUAUUUGCAUUCCCACAACCUGAUCCACCGGGAUAUCAAGGCGGGGAACAUUCUACUGACGGAACCAGGCCAGGUGAAGCUUGCUGAUUUUGGAUCGGCUUCCAUCGCGUCCCCUGCCAAUUCGUUUGUGGGGACUCCCUACUGGAUGGCCCCCGAAGUGAUCCUGGCCAUGGACGAAGGGCAGUACGACGGUAAAGUUGACGUGUGGUCCCUUGGGAUCACCUGCAUCGAAUUAGCGGAACGGAAGCCUCCGUUGUUUAACAUGAACGCCAUGAGUGCCUUAUAUCACAUAGCGCAGAAUGAAUCCCCCCUCCUCCAGUCCAGCGAGUGGACAGAGACCCUUCCGCGCACCUGACGCUUUUUCUUCUGCCUUCUCCCCCAGCACGUCUUUGUUCUCCGAGACCGCCCGGAAACCGUGUUAAUAGACCUCAUCCAGAGAACCAAGGACGCCGUGAGGGAGCUGGACAACCUUCAGUAUCGCAAAAUGAAGAAGCUGCUCUUCCAGGAGGCCCACAACGGGCCAGCAGUGGAAGCGCAGGAGGAGGAGGAGGAGGAAGAAAACUACAGGGAGGAUUCGGACGCUCGGCUGCGAGGAUCGGAGCCCCAGUCUCCCCCCCAAGGGACGCGCCACAGAUCCCACUACCGCAACCGGGAGCACUUUGCCACCAUACGCACAGCAUCGCUGGUGACCCGCCAGAUGCAGGAGCACGAGCAGGACUCCGAGCUGCGGGAGCAGAUGUCCGGCUACAAGCGCAUGCGGCGGCAGCACCAGAAGCAGCUGAUGGCUCUGGAGAACAAGCUGAAAACCGAGAUGGACGACCACCGCCUGCGGCUGGACAAGGAUCUCGAAACGCAACGCAACAACUUUGCGGCGGAGAUGGAGAAGCUCGUCAAGAAGCACCAGGCAGCCAUGGAGAAAGAGGCCAAAGUGAUGGCUAACGAAGAGAAGAAGUUUCAGCAGCACAUCCAGACGCAGCAGAAGAAAGAACUCAACAGCUUUUUGGAAUCCCAGAAGAGAGAAUACAAACUCCGCAAAGAGCAACUCAAAGAG